CAAUAUAUCUAUAUAAAGCCCCACCACCUUCUCUCAUGUAGUAAUCCAAACAUACAUCUUUCUUCUCACCUCAUCUCAUCUUUCUCUUUCUCUCUAAAACCCUUUUUCUCUCCAUCUCUUUAAUUUGAUCAAAAACUGAUUCAUCUAUCAACUUCUUUUUUCCAUCAAUCAAUCAGUUUCUCCGUUUAGAGUAAAAUCAUCUGUCGUGAUGGAUCAUCACCAUGUUAAAGUCGGUUUGAGCCGUGGGGGUAAUUAUAAUAAAAAUAACAACCAUCAACAACAGCAUGAAGAAGACAUGGACCUCCGACGAGGUCCAUGGACUGCCGAAGAAGACUUCACCCUCAUCAACUACAUAGCUAAACAUGGUGAAGGUCGCUGGAAUUCUCUCGCCCGCUGUGCUGGUUUAAAGCGAACUGGGAAAAGUUGCAGAUUGAGAUGGCUAAAUUAUCUCCGCCCGGAUGUUCGACGUGGAAACAUCACUCUUGAAGAACAGCUUGUGAUUCUUGAGCUGCAUUCUCGUUGGGGCAAUCGGUGGUCAAAAAUUGCUCAGCAUUUGCCAGGAAGAACUGACAACGAAAUCAAGAAUUACUGGAGAACCCGAGUGCAAAAGCAUGCCAAACAACUGAAAUGCGACGUCAACAGCAAGCAAUUUAAGGAUACCAUGCGUUAUCUAUGGAUGCCAACGCUAGUUGAGAGAAUUCAAGCAGCUGCCACCACAAACUCCAAUCAAGUGACAAUUAAUCCAAACAAUAACAACGCUGUUAAUAAGCCAAGAAUGAGUGAAAAUUAUUCAAUUAGCUCGGCAGCUUCAUCAGAAAACUCAUUUGGGACGCCUGUUUCUGACCUCACUGAUUGUUGCUACAAUUAUCCCCCAGUUAUAACUAACAAUCAGCAAGAUUAUUUUUAUCAAACUACUCAACUCAGAGAAUCUUUAACCAUCCCCACGGGUCUAGAAUUCCAUACUGCAAUGGAUCAGCAAAACAUGAGUCAAUGGAUGGACGGUGGGAAUUUCUCUGACAAUUUGUGGAACAUUGAGGAUAUGUGGUUCAUACAGUAGCAACUGAACAACAACAUAUUAAUGUCGUCUGAGGAUUGACCAAACUGUUUAAAUAUAAUAAGAGCAAACAUCAUCACAUCACGUGUAGAAAAAAAAGAAAAAAAAAA